UCUGACUCAUCUUCUAGUUCUCUUCCUCCACCUUUUUCCUUGAAAGAAACCAAACAAAACAAAACAAAACAAAAACACAUCAUUCUUUUCCUCGUUACUAAUCUGUGUAGCUAAGAAAGAAGGAACACAAGGAAGAAGAGAGAGAGAGACACACACAAAAACAAAGGACCAAAGCAAGAAAGAAAGAAAGAAAGGGAGUUUGAAGAAAGAAAUGGGAAGUACAAUCCCAUUAUUCAAAGAACAAUCCUUGUUUGUAAUCACCAAGAAGCUUCUUCCAUGGACACUCUAUGCUUUGCUUCCAUUAGCUCUACUUCGCUUGUACUUCUACCCUUUACCCCUUCCUCCUUCCCCAGAAACUGAACUUCCCCAUUCAUCAACCCCCAUCACCAUAGCUACCCACUCUUCUCUUUCUUCUUCAACCUCUCUUCCUCUUUCUUCACCUUCAUCAACUUCAGAAAAGGAAAAAGGUGGUGAUGAUGAAACAUCAUGCGACUACUUCAAUGGAGAAUGGGUCCGUGAUUUGAGAGGCCCUUUGUACAAUGGAAGCACAUGCAGCACCAUUAAAGAAGGCCAGAAUUGCAUCAAACAUGGAAGACCUGACUCAGGGUACCUUCAUUGGAGAUGGAAGCCAAGCCAAUGCAAUCUUCCAAGGUUUGAUCCUAAUGCUUUUCUCCAACUUGUUAGAAACAAGCACAUAGCUUUUGUUGGUGAUUCAAUGGCUAGGAACCAAUUAGAGUCCCUUCUUUGCAUGUUAUCAACUGUUUCGGAACCUAACCUUGUAUACCGCAAUGGGGAGGAUAAUAAAUUCCGGAAAUGGCAUUUUGUUUCCCACAAUGCAAGUGUGUCUGUGUAUUGGUCACCUUUUCUUGUUCAUGGUGUUGAGAAAUCUAGUUCAGGGCCUAAUCAUAAUGUGUUGCAUUUGGACCGUGUUGAUGAGAGGUGGGGUAAGGAUAUGGACCGAAUCGACUUGAUUGUGCUUUCGAUCGGUCAUUGGUUCUUGCAUCCAGCUGUUUAUUACGAGGGCGAUUCGGUUCUCGGAUGCCAUUAUUGUCCCGGUCUUAAUCACACUGAAAUUGGGUUCUAUGAUGUAUUGAGGAAGGCUUUGAGGACUACACUUAGUAGCAUAAUUGAGAGGAGAGGUGGUGGUAGGGAAAAUAAUAAUGGGAUUGAUGUGAUUGUGACAACUUUUUCGCCGGCACAUUUCGAGGGUGAGUGGGAUAAGGCCGGGGCUUGUCCGAAGACUAAGCCAUAAUUAGCAUUGUUGAGACCUGAUGGACACCCUGGUCCUUACAUGUACCCUUUUCCAUUUGCUAAUGGGGUUCAAGAGCGAGUUCAAAAUGAUUGUGUUCAUUGGUGCUUGCCGGGGCCUAUAGAUACAUGGAAUGAGAUCUUUCUGGAGAUGAUGAAGAAGUGGGAGCGAAUGACCGUGGAGUGAAUGAAAGCCGAGGUACUUCCUCUGCUUCAAAAUAACAUUAAUUUGGAUAAGAUUAUACAUUGAACUUUCAAUGUCCUGCUUUAUCUAGGUUGAUUGUUAUUAUGAAACAGAGUAAUUUUUUCCCGCUAUCUUGUUAAUUUUAGUAGUGUUUUUUUAUUAUUUUAAAUUUUUUAAUAUGUUACUGUAUUUAUCACUUGAAUGUUAGAUAUUGAAUUGGGAAGGAUCAAUUUUGUUGUUGGUAGAAAGAACAAAGAACAAAUAAGGGAUUCUUUUGUAUUUGGUAAAGAGAAAUUUUAAUGAAUUAGGGAGUGGUUGGUUUACUCUUCUAUUCUUUGUUGGGGCUAUGUUCUUCCAUGAUGGAAAAAGCACUAUCUAUUGAUAGAGAAAUGGAGGAUGACAAAUUAAUAAGGGUGUGCAAAGCAUUGAUGUUUUUGGAAUGUGACAAUGUGUGUAGAAUGAUCAUUUAGAAGAAUGUACAAAACAAUUUAAUGUGGACUUGUGAACGAGUUCCAAACCCAUAGGGCAUGUCUUUUUCCUCCUUCCACAAUUUGGUAGUCAUUUUUGCCUGGUGCUGGUGGGUUAUUUAUUUCUCUCAUUUGUUUGUGUCAAGAUACAUUAGUUUUUUAAGAUUGAAUUACUCUAUUGAUUCC